AUGUCAAGUUAUUCUUUAACUUUUAAUUUAGAAUUAGAGUAUGCUCAUUCUUCUAUGAUUGUAGAAUUCUUCUGGUUCUUUGUUUCAGUACUCGCGUUAUCAGUAGCUAUAAUAAAACUGGUUAAAAUAAACACAGUUCAUGAAAUAGUUGGUUAUGAAGAAUAACCUAAACCGAAACCACAGUUGCCUGUAAAUGAUCCUUAGAGAGAUAAUAUGAAAGAUCCUUAAUUAGGAAACGAUGUAGAUUAAAUAAAUGUGAAUGUAGAUAUGAAUAAUAAUAAUGGUGAAGCUUAAUAAGCUCAACCUGCAGGAGCAGAUUCUCGCUAGAACCCAGAUGCUCCUCAUGUUGAUCCUGAAAAGCUCUAAGAUAAAAACAUUUCUACUCUACCAUAAUAAAAUUAAGGAUUUUUAGCAACAUUCUCAAAUAUUGUUGAUUUGAUGGUUGGAAAGCAUUUAGUUAUUUUUAUUAUUUUUGUCUAUCUAGUCAAUCACUUUGGAUGCUAUAUAUUCACUGCUUUCUGUGUUUUUAUCUGCUGCAUUCAACUUUUAGCAUUUAACUACUUCAAGAUUUUUGAAAGACUCUAAAAUCCUGAAGCCUAAAAAUACUCAGAACUUUCCUACCACAUUUGGAUUAUUGCAUUAUUUAUAGCUUACUUUGUAAAUAGUCAAAAAGCACUUGAUGUUUUCAAACCAGUUCCAAUCAGUUGA